AUGGAAGGAGAUGAAGAAGAUUUUUAAAAUCUCAGACAGAUCAAUACUCAAAUUGUAACAAAGUUAUUCUAAAUUCCAUAUGCUAGCGAACCUAUUUUAAUAAGAAUCAUCGAUUCAUAGAAUCAGAAUAAAAUACAAGUAAAGUUGAUGUGCUCCUUGUUCGUUUAUCUUGAAUAUUAUAUUACUUGUAUGGGUUUUGACUUAAUUUUGUAUGAGGAAUAAACUAAUUAUAAUGAAUUAUUUAGAAUAGAUACAAAAAUAUCAUCUGAUGAAACAUGCUAUGAACUGUUUACAAAUGAAAAUGGUAGUUUAAGUUUAUUUUGUCUUGGUUAGUCAACUUUAAAAUAAUAUUCUUUGGAUUUUCAAGGCAAUGUGAAUCUAAUUUUCGAAUAUGAUGUUUCAGAACAAAUAGAGGAUAAAUGCAAAAAAAAAUAAAUUAAAUAAGUCUAAGACUAAUAAAUAUUGUUAUUUUAUCAAUGUUCAAAAUGGAAGGUUAUAUUAAUUACGAACAAUGAAGCCGCUACUUUAAUUUAAGCCAAAAUGGAAUAUUAGACUUAACUAUCAGGGCUCACUUUUAUUGAUGAUGUAGUUUAUUGUGAAAUGAAUUCUUAGACUAUUUGUAUCUAUCUGAUAGAAAAUGAUUUUUAUGUGAUUUUGUAUUAUCAUUUGCUUGAUAAGAAAAUUGUAGAUUGCAUAUUUACGAAGCUGCCAUAUCGAAUUAAAAAAAUGCUAUUAAAUCAGAAAUGUUAAAAGAUAAUAUUAGUAAAUGAAUUAGAUAAAUAUGAUUUAUCAAUAAUUCAUGAUUAAAUAUAAACUGAGGUCCUAUUGAAUUAAAAUUAUUCAAUAAAUAACAUUCAUCUUCAUUAAAAUCUUAUUUUUCUAUAAAACUAAUUUGAAUUAAAUGUAUUAAUAAAUAUUCGGAUUAAUUAGACAUAUCAAAUUUGCAACACCUCGUUGUAAUUUUUUGAUUUUGAUAAUUUAUUCUGCUAAUUUGAUUAGAAGAAAAAUGUGUUAUAAUUUUAUAAAUUUUAACCAUUAAGUACUUUUAUAGAACCUAAAUAAUAGUAUAUUUAUAUAAUAGAAAAAGGAAAUUUAUUUAAAAGAGAUGGGAUUAUCUAAUGUUUUAGAUUGUUAUCCGAAAACAAAACUUAAACAGAAAAAUAGCUCACUGAAUUGAUGAAAUUUCAAUAUAAUUGUAAAAAUAAGUAGCAAAUAUUCUGGAAUUCUAAAAACCCGAAUUACUUUAAAAAUAAUACUUAUAAUAUAUAUAAUAAAGAAGGUAAUCUCAAAGUAAGUAUCAAGAACAAUUAUGACUUCUAAGACAUUUGUUUUGCAAAUCUUUAUAAAUUGUAUUCCCAAGAAAGGUUUUAGUUAAAAAAGAUCGCAAAAGGUCAUAUCAGUUUCAUAAAUGAAUCGUAUUUUUAUAUCUAUGAUUGCCAAAAAAAAAGAAUAGUGAUGUCAGUAAACUAAGAUAAAUAUUAUGUACUUGAAUAUGAUAUAGCCUAUUAUUUUGUGAAUAAAAGUAAUAAUAAUGAUUUGACAGGAAUUUAGUUUUCAGAUGAUUCCCUUUCUUAUUUCAUUUUAAACAUAAAUGAAUUGGUUACAAGUUUUAAGAAAAUUCAUUCAAGUUUAAUUAUUUACACGAAUACUUCGAGUUUACCUUUUAUUAUAUAAAUCAAUUUUGACCGAGUUGUAAGAUAUUAACUAUAAAAAAAUCUUUAUUAACCUGAACCUAUUCUAUUUUAUUUUGAGUCUAAAAACCUAAAGUUAAUUCAAUAUUCAAAGAUUGUUGCAUUUGAAAGUAAAGAAGUUUUCAGAUGCUUUCAAUUUUAAGAAUCGUAUAUUAUUUCUAUUCUAGCUUUAAAUAUGUAAAAAUGUUACUCUAUAUUUUCAAUACAAAAUUAAACUAGAUCCUUAAUUCUUUAUUAUUUAAUUGAUUAAGAACUACAUGAGGUAUAAAAUUACACUUUUUAGAACUAUUCAUUUUAUGAUCCUGUUUAACCUAGCAAUUUUAAUCGAAUAAAAUAAUUCGCUAUAUAUAGCCAUUUUUUCAUAUAGCAUGUCCAACUUAUCAUUAGAUGA